GGCAGCGAUCCCAGCGUCAUUUAAACUCCCCCAUCUCUCCCUCUCCCUGUCAUCGACAUACGGGUCAUUGGAGGUCCAGACAAAAAGGUCAACAUGGCUGAAGUCAUGUCCGGACCUCUGGACCAUCUACAAAAACAUGAUGUCGAGAACUCCGAGGAUGAGAGGAGAAAUAAGAUCGAGUCUCUAACGAAGAAGGCAAUGAAUGCCUCCACAAAGUACAGGAAUUCUUUGAACAGAAGAGGAAGAAGGAGCAGCAAAGUCAUGUCUGUCUCCAUCGAGGACGUGCGUGAUGCCGAGGAGAUGCAGGCUGUUGAUGCCUUCCGUCAGAUUCUUAUUCUGGAGGAGAUGCUACCUUCUAGGCAUGAUGAUUACCAUACAAUGCUCAGAUUUCUCAAGGCCAGGAAAUUUGACAUUGAGAAGACAAAGCAAAUGUGGACUGAUAUGCUCCAAUGGAGGAAGGAAUUUGGAGCUGACACAAUUUUGGAUGAUUUUGAUUUCAAGGAACUCGGGGAAGUCUUGGAAUACUACCCGCAAGGCCACCAUGGAGUCGAUAAGGAAGGCCGGCCUGUGUACAUCGAGAGAUUAGGCCUAGUUGAUGCCAACAAGAUGAUGCAGGUCACAAACAUGGAUCGCUACGUCAAAUACCAUGUGAAGGAGUUUGAGAGGACCUUCGUCGUCAAGUUUCCUGCCUGUUCGAUUGCAGCAAAACGGCACAUCGACCAGAGCACGACCAUCAUUGAUGUGCAAGGAGUGGGAAUGAAACAAUUCAACAAAACUGCAAGGGAGCUAAUUAGCAGGAUUCAAAAGAUUGAUGGUGACAAUUAUCCUGAGACUUUGUGCCGCAUGUUCAUCGUCAAUGCAGGACAGGGAUUCAGACUGCUUUGGAACACUGUCAAGUCCUUCCUUGACCCAAAGACCACCGCGAAAAUCCAUGUUCUUGGAAACAAGUACCAGAGCAAGCUGCUUGAAGUGAUUGAUGCCAGUGAGUUGCCGGAGUUCCUUGGUGGCACCUGCAACUGUGAAGGAGGUUGUCUUCGAUCAGACAAGGGCCCAUGGAAGGACCCUGAGAUCUUAAAGAUGGUUCAGAGUGGUAUGGGACAAUGUGGAAGGCAACAAAUGACUCCUGCAGUUGAGGAGAAGACCAUUUCUGAGGAUGACAUUGUGUAUUCAAAGAGGCACGAGUCUUUCCGAGGGCCAUCUGCCUUUGCUGCUGAUGAAAUGUCCUCUGCUUCUCCCAAGAUGUCAAGGAGUCAGAUUGAGCACCCACAAUUGUCACCUCUUCAUGAAGAAGUCAACAAUACAGAAGCUGAGAAGAAUUUGGACGUCGAGGCUGCACUCAAGGAAUUCCCAACCUACUCAUAUAAUGAUCUGAUUCCAAUUGUGGACAAGGCUAUGGAUGCAACCUGGAAGAAGCAAAUGCUUAGUCAAAAGUUUGCCAUGUCCAAAGGUGCCUACAAUCUAUCUGAAAUCUACAGAGGACCAGAUGGAGUCAGCAACCAUGUGUUGGCUGGAGUUAUGGCCUUUGUCAUGGGACUUGUCACCAUGAUCCGCGUAGGAGGCAACACCGUGCCAAAGAAGAUGUCUAAUGCAGAUAUCGACUACGCGAGGUCUCUUGAGUUGGCCGGCACGAUGCUUAAAGGCCAAAUGCAACAGAGCGAGCAGUCUGCACCGGCCAUCUCAGCUGCUGAGUUCUCUGGUGUCGUGAAGCGCCUCAGUGAGCUUGAAGAGAAGGUGGCUGAACUCAGUGCGAAGCCUGUAGAGUUGCCGGCUGAGAAGGAAGAGAUACUGAAUGCCGCUGUGAAGCGUGUGGAUGCUUUGGAGGAGGAGCUUGCAGCAACAAAGAAGGCUCUGGAGGAAUCUCUAGCAAGGCAGGAAGAAUUUGUAGCUUAUCUUGAGAAGAAGAAGAAGAAGAAGAACAAGAUGAAUCCAUUCUGGUGAGCUAAGAAGAAAAAGCUAUGCUUUUAUUAAGUAAUGUGGUGAGCAGAAGUCGGAGAAGAUUGCUUUCAACAUAUAGAAUUCAAUGUACUCCUGUAUUUUGUCUUUGCCAUACUGAUCCAAAAGUUGAGUUCUAAUAUAUAAAUCGUGAUUCUUUCUUCCAAAAUCAUAUUGUGUGAAGCAUUGUUUGGUAUCA